AUGCAGUCCUCCAAUACGAAGAAGAGGGAGCGCGAGGACGACACAUCGCCAAAUAUCACCGGCGCCGAAACCGGCCUGGAACAAGCCUCAAGUGCCGUAAAUUCAACGUCCAACUUUCGGAAUGUAUCAGCCUGUUUCAGAUGUCGUAGUCGGAAGAACCGAUGCGAUCAACGACUUCCCAAGUGUUCCGGCUGCGAGAAAGCAAACGUCAAAUGCGUUGGUUUCGACCCUGUAAGCAAGCGCGCUAUUCCCAGGAACUAUGUCGCCUAUCUAGAAUCCAGAGUAGUGAGCUUGGAGACUUUGCUUGAGGCCAACGGCGUACCGUGCCCGCCACCGGAGAAUGACUUCGCAAUUAAUGAGGCCAUCCGACCAGGUGUCGAUGUCCCUUACCCCCCGGCCGAAGAGGACGGUAAAGGUGCUCUGUUCGUUGACCAGGAUCGGGAUGAAGCGUCGCUGAUUGAUCCGGCAUUGCAAGGCGGGACGGAGCAUGGCCGGGGCCACGCGAUGAAAAAUGCUGGUGUGACGACCGCGAAGAAAGCACGCCAGUCGUUGCACACUUCCGGUAUCCCAUUCUCUAAGGUCGUAUACGCGGCAGUCAAGAGCUCUGUCACUUCGACACCCUCCUCAGAGACUGUUAAAGCAAAGGUUUCGAAGCACCUCCCAAGCUCUACAGCCUCUGGAGGCGGAGGGUCAGAUUCCUUCUUCGGUCUAAAUGUUAGGCCACAUGUCGACCCGGCUUCAUUCCCGGACCAGUCGGAAGCCACCGAGCUUGUCAAGCUUUACUUCGAGUAUAGUAAUCCUCAGAUACCCAUUUUACACCGAGGGGAGUUCAUGUCACUAAUGGAACGGGUGUAUGCGACUACUCCCGAGAAACGUAAAUCUAGGGAGCUCUAUCUGCUGAAUAUUGUAUUCGCUGUGGGCUCCGGAAUCAUCAUGGACGCGGGAGACGAUGAGCGUACUGUUACCGCAGUGCACGAAACGAAGAGCGCCGAUACACCACCAGACGCAAAGCGGCAAAGAGUCAUCGGGCGACGAAUCCAGCCUGAAGAGUAUCAUGCCGCUGCUAUCGAGCAUUUGGAUAGCUUUCUUUCUACUCCGAGCAUGGAAACAGCCCUUGGUGGUCUUGAGGAGCUUCAAGCUGUCCUGCUUCUCGCGAGCUUAGCGCUACUCCGACCGAUCGCGCCUGGUCUUUGGUACAUUGUCGGAGUCGCCGUGCGGUUGGCGAUAGAUCUCGGUAUACAUUCCGAAGAGCCUGACGCCGAGCUGGAAACCACCGCGUAUGCUGGGCUCGACGUUAAGAAGGGUCGAAAACAGUACCUUCGUGAUCUGCGGCGGAGGCUCUGGUGGUCCACCUAUGCUUUUGAUCGACUGGUAUCAACCUGCGUGGGUCGGCCCUUCGGCAUAAAUGACCAAGUCAUCACCACACCGUUUCCAAGCCUGCAGGGCGACGAAAGCAUCACAGCCAAUGGUUUCACACAAGCACCGUCCGAUCUCGUCCUGCCAGCGUAUAAGCUUGUGGCGCAUCAUUACUUCCGGCUCCGUCUUCUGCAGUCAGAGAUAUUGCAGGUUCAGCAGGAGCGAAUGGCAGAGUAUACACGCUCACUUAGUGCUGGGCGCUGUAGUAGCUUCAUGCCGAAUGAGCUGCCGUCGCCAUACCUGAGUCGCUUCGAGUCAUUUCAGGAGUGGCGGCUGGACGUAGACCGCAGGUUAUGGGAGUGGCAAGCAUCUGCGCCUCAGCAAGCUGACAUUGGCGUCGCCUUCACGCCGCUCUACUUCGAGCUGAACUAUUACCAGGCCGUGAUUCUGCUUUACAAGCAGUCACUGUCGAUACCAGAGGCUCUUGCCGGCGAGUUGAGCCCUUCCACUGGCGAGGUUCAAAGCCCGAGUGCGGCGAGUCUGGAAGCCAAAGAGGAUGAGGAGAUGGUCUUCAUGAAGGUAGCCCAGGCGGGACAGAUGGUGCUCAAGAUCUAUCGCAGUCUGAAUCGAUUGAAGUUGGUCAACUACACGUUUCUGGCUACGCACCAUAUCUUUAUGAGCGGCACGUCCUUUCUCUACGCGAUCUGGCAAUCACCCACAGUACGGCAGCAAUUGAACUUGGACGACGUGGACUUCACUGUGUUCAUAGCGACAUCAGUGUUAACGGACCUGAUUGAUAAUUGCCCGCCAGCAGAAGCCUGCAAGGACGCCUUCUUACGCAUGAGCAAGGCCACCAUAUCCAUGGUGAUGCGAACGACAGGUUUCGGGAACACGUCCACCCUGAGCUCGCAACCUCUCAACAGCCCUGGUGGAUACUUCAGCAAUGACCAGAUAGUCAGUAUGGCCGCUAACGGACAGUCGCAACCCAGGAAGCGCAAUUUGCCGCUUCCCGCCUUCGACAUGAAUCUCAAGGGCCUGUUCUCCGACGACGAACUAGCAAGCCGACCUUUGACGUUCCAGCCGAAGACCCAGAGCUUCGAGUACGGUAAUACUGGUGGCGGUGUGUCUACGACACAGCAUGCGUCCAUCGCUCCGCUUGAGAUUAAGCAGGAGUUCUCGCCACCCAAUCUUCUUGACACGCAAGGUAGCAGCAGGCCCCAGCAAGUGCCGAAUGGAGUCUUCGCUAAUCAGCUGGCCGAUAACCCGCCCUACCAAUUAUUGGGCACAUCGCAGCAGCAGCAGCAGCCUCUAACAUUCAACGCUUUCGAUGAUUUGAGCUUCCUUGACACCUUGCCAUACUCGGAGACGAAUGAGUAUUUUAACAACAACACCGACUUCGACUUCAAUUUCGGCGCCAGUGGGACAGGGCACGAUAGCAAUGGUGGAGGCCUAUUAGACGAGUUCUGGUUUGGCGACAGCGCCAACGCGUUCCAAUACUGA